CCCCUCUCUCUCUCUCUCUCAAUCUCUCUCUCUAUAUUUAUAUAUAUAUAAUACACACAUCCAGAGUCCUCACUCCCCCAUAUUUCUAUUGAGUUUCUGUCUACUCUAUGUUGUAAAUAAUCCAAGGAUAUUCAAUGUCUAUAUAAAUUCUAUACACGCACAAAGUCACAAAAGAUACAUCAUCGUCUUUCAAUUUCUAACAAAAUUUCAAAUUUGUUGUUAUUAUUUGAUCUGAUCCACACUAACCCCACAAAAAUUUUCCCCAACCACCAACCAUCAUCACUCAUUUCCAAAUUCAAAACAAACACAAACCCAUCUUUUUCUUCUCUCUCACUGUAUAUAUAUAUAUAUAUUCCUGAAUCAAACCUCUCAAAUCAAAUCAAUUCAAUUCAAUCCACAAAAAUGGUGGUGAAGAUGAUGAAGUGGCGUCCAUGGCCUCCACUCAGUUCCAAGAAAUUCGAAACAAAGAUUUCGAUUCGACGGCUCGAAGGCCUGCGUGUAUCGUCGGAGGCUGUGGCGGAGAAGAGAGUGGUUUUUGAGGAGUUUUCGAGGCUGAGUGUGGAGAUCAAGUGGAAGGGUUCGAAGGGCAAAGCUCUGAGGUCUUUGAGGCGGAGUGUGAAGAGGAAUUUCACAAAAGAAGAGGGUUUUCAGGACCAUGGAGUCGAAUGGAACGAGGAGUUUUCGAGUGUUUGCAGCUUUUCAGAGUACAAGGAGGGUGUGUUUCAUCCAUGGGAGGUCGCAUUCACUGUGUUCAAUGGCUCGAACCAAGGACCAAAGAACAAACUCCCUGUUGUUGCAAGUGCAUCAUUGAACCUUUCAGAUUUUGCUUCCACGGCGGAAGGAAAGGAGCUUGAAAUCAGCAUUCCUCUAACUGUCCUCGGUGCCAGUGUUGAAUGCAGCCCUUCACUUUUUAUAUCUCUCAGCCUUUUGGAAUUGAGAACUGCCCAGGAACCUUUAGAGAUAGUGCAGAGAUCAGUAGCAUCUGUUCCAGUGUCACCCAGUUCUGGAGAAGCUUUAUCAUCAGAGAGAGAUGAACGUUCUGCCCUUAAAGCUGGUCUGAGAAAAGUAAAACUCUUCACUGGUUAUGUAUCAGCUCAAAGAGCAAAGAAGGCAUGUCGUGAAGAAGAGGGCAGUGAUGGAAAGAGCUCUGUCAGAAGCGAGGAUGCCGAGUAUAAUUACCCCUUUGACACAGAUUCACCUGAUGAUCUGGAUGAAGAGGAAUCAGAAGAAGGAAAGAAGGAUUCUAAUGUUCAGGAGUCAUUCAGUUAUGGGACAUUGGCCCAUGCAAAAAAUGCUGAAUUGUUUUGCUCAAAUGCAAGCAAUAGUGAAGAUGAAGGUUUGAUCUACUAUAGCAAUCGGGAAUCAGACAAAGUGCAGACCCUGCAGCAGACUUCGAAGCGCAGCAUCCUCCCCUGGAGAAAGAGGAAGUUGAACUUCAGAUCUCCUAAAAAAAACAAAGGAGAGCCAUUAUUGAAAAGGCAUUACGGAGAAGAAGGUGGAGACGACAUUGAUUAUGAUCGCCGACAGCUUAGUUCCUCUGACGAGUCUAGUUUUGGGCAGCAUAAAAGUGAAGAAGAUUCAACUACAAAUCGGUCAUCAGUUUCUGAAUUUGGAGAUGACAAAUUUGCUAUAGGCAGCUGGGAAAACAAAGAAGUAGUAAGCCGUGAUGGACACAUGAAGCUUCAAACCGAAGUCUUCUUUGCAUCAAUUGAUCAAAGAAGUGAACAGGCUGCAGGUGAGAGUGCAUGUACAGCCCUGGUCGCUGUCAUUGCUGAUUGGUUCCAAGUCAAUCAUGAUGAAAUGCCCAUCAAGUCAGAACUUGACAGCUUGAUCCGAGAAGGUUCGUUCGAGUGGAGGAAUCUCUGUGAAAACGAGGCCUAUAAAGAGCGGUUUCCUGAUAAGCACUUUGACCUUGAGACAGUCCUUCAGGCUAAAGUUCGCCCACUAUCUGUACUCCCAGAUAAGUCCUUUAUUGGGUUCUUCCAUCCAGAAGGACUAGAAAAGGAGGGAAGUUUUCACUUCCUCCAUGGUGCCAUGUCCUUCGACAGCAUCUGGGAUGAGAUCAGUCGUUUUGGGUCAGAGAACUCUGGCAAAGAUAAACCUUUGGUCUAUAUUGUUAGCUGGAAUGACCAUUUUUUCAUCUUGAAGAUCGAACAGGAUGCAUACUAUAUCAUUGACACAUUGGGGGAGAGGCUUUAUGAGGGCUGCAACCAAGCUUAUGUCCUGAGAUUCGACAAAGACACAACAAUACAUCGUUUACCUGAAGAGACUCAACCAUCAGCUGAAAAAAGUGCCGGUGAGAAGGAGCAGGAGGACAAAUGCAAGGACACAGAGACCGAAGGGACACAGAUUGUCAUCUCAAAUGAGUUGGAAAACAGUGGAGAAGAACUAGUUGUGUGCAGUGGCAAAGAGUCAUGUAAAGAGUAUAUUAAGAGCUUCUUGGCCGCCAUUCCUAUAAGGGAAUUGCAAGUUGAUCUGAAGAAGGGUUUGUUGUCGUCAACGCCUCUUCACCACCGGCUACAAAUUGAAUUCCACUAUACCCAGUGUUUGCAGCCUGUGGCUCAAUUUUCCUCGCUGGAAUUGACUGCUGAUGUACCGGCACUGGCAGUAUCUGCAUGAUACCAUAUAGAGUUCUCUUAACUCCAGGAAUAACCCUUCCGUCACCCUUCUGUCACUUUUGUUGUGUUUUCAGAUGAAUGAGUCCAAAUGGAAAAGCUCAUUUAUCUGUUUUCCUCCUCCUUCCUUUAUACAUAAGCAUCUGACAUCUUCCCUAAUUCUUCUUCAUGAAUCUUGAUGUAUAUGACUGAUCUCACUUAAAGCUUUCUUAUAGUUCACUUGUUUGUUACUUGGCAUUAAUCUAACUUGCCAUAUAAUUUGCAUUUGUAUCUCACUAUACUGACACUGAUUGUGAUGUUUAUAUAUUGUCAUAAAGCUAGUGUGAAGGCUAGCAAAUCUA